UCUGAUUAUUCUGUAACUUUGGCAUGCUAGAUUUUCAAGUGUAUUUUCAAUUUAUUACAACUUAAUUUACCAAAGUAUUCAGAUCUGUAUAAUAAAAUUGCGCAGUUCCUAAAAUCUAAUGGAAGGCAUUUUAUGGAAAUGGACGAAUUACUGGAACGGUUGGCAAACCAGGUGGUUCAUCUUGGACAAUGGUAUCCUGUCAUAUUAUAAAUCUCAAGAGGAAGUGAACCAAGGAUGCAAGGGUUCAGUGAAAGUAUCCGUGUGCCAAAUAAAUGUGAACCAAAUAGAUUCAACCCGAAUGGAUCUUGUAAUACCGGGCCAGCAGCACAUGUACCUCCGGGCUCCAUCUCCUCAGGACAGGCAAAAGUGGCUUGUGGCUUUAGGCAGUGCAAAAGCUUGUGUAGACUCCAAGGGUGACUCAAAAGGGUUCGAAGAUCCGAAUUCCUUGGGGCACAAGAAAUCUGAACUGCGACUGUACUGUGACCUGCUCAUGCAGCAAGUGCAUGCUGUAAAGAGUGCAGCCAACACGGAGGGUGGCCCUGAAGUUCAGACCCUUGAAGACGCCUCAAGCCUCCUAUCUGCUACAUGCGACACCUUCAUCAGAACUCUAGAAGAUAUAAUGAAGCUAACUAGUGGUCCCACUCCACCUAUGGCAGCACCUUAUGAAAUGCCUGUACCCAAUCUCGCUAUGCCUAAAAAUGGCUCAAGCAAAUCGCAAGUAAACAUUAAAACACCUAGACAAAGUUUAAUUAGAUCUGUAUCACAAGAAAAUAGAUGAAUUGGAUUUUAUAAAUCAACAUAACCUAAAAAAGUUUUCUAAGAAUGUUUUGACAUUGACAUCAAUAUGAUUUCUUGUAUUUGUACCGAAAUAACAAGGUAGCAUUACAUAUUGUGCACAUAUGUAUAAAAAAAGUAUUUUUAUAAAAAAUGUAGGUGUUAAUUUCCAAGCAUUCCUAUGUUAAAAAAAAGAUGUACCAAUUGAAUUGUUUAUAGUUUGAAAAUAGUAUUUUAGUAGUUUGUAGAGACAUUGUAGAAAAAAAUGUAUUGUACUUAGAUUAUAAUUAUUUACUUUGGCGAGUCGUUAAGUAUUAUUUUGACGUGGCAAAUGAUGGCGCGACGUCACUGCGUCGAUUCUGGGUCGUUGCCGCAUCAAACUACGUCGUUUCGGCUGCUUAGCAACUACCGCUUUUCCCUUAUAUAUAAAAAUGUAUUACUCAUUGUAGCUCAAAAACUGAAGUGAGUAUUGUUUUUAAAGGGGUACCGUUAACUUAUUCAACAUCACUUGAAAAAAAAAAGAGUGAUUCUGUACCAUCUCCACUCUCUUUGUUAUAACUAAUCCAAGUCUGGCUAAUGAAAAAUGAACUUGCAAAAACGCGGCAAUUUCAUAUUUGUCCUUACUUACGUAAGCAUAACAUAUAUGUGUGCCCGGAAAAAUAUUAAGUACUGAAAAUAAUAUAGAAAUGAUAAAAAGUAUUAAGAUUAUGCAAUCCUUGCAAUCAAAGAGUUGUCUGCUACAGAUUUUAUGAAAUUGCCGCGUUUUUGAAGGUUCAUCUUUCAUUAGCCAGACUGAUAAUGGGAGAAAUGCAACCAUUAAUAGAAAUUAGUUAUAGACAGCUGUUUGGUAGACUAUUUCUUUGUUGUUUGUUUGGCUUGAUUGGCAAUCUUGUGUAAGUUUACAGCAGACUCCCGUAGACGGUACGGGAACUCGCAACGUCUAAAUGAGCCUUAACACAUCUGUAAAAAGUCGACCUACAUAUAUGUUUCAUAAUCAUAUUCUAUAUGUGAUUUCCUUUUAAAGCGCUUCACACAUCUUACUAUUACUGAAGUGCAAACAUUAUUGCUUGUAGACUUGUUUUAUCGUCGAAAAUUGUCAUUUCUGUAUGGUUGAGUACCUAUUGGCUACAUUUGAUUUAGAUAAGCUGUCGUUUCUUAUGUGAUUUUUGAAAAGUUAGUCAAGAAAUAUGCGAUCUCUCGUAGUUUUAUCUAUGGCACAUAUGCAUAACUAUACUUCUGUGAUAACUGUACUAAGUAUAACUUGUUUUAAGUUUUUAUCACAAGCUAUCAUAAUAAUGAUAUCAUAGUGCAUACGUACCUUAGUGCUACCAUUAGUGAAUAACUUCAUAAAUUUUAUGCAUAUUAUUGUUGGGCUCUAACAGAGCAUUAUGAUUAUUUUAUUUGAACUUCUCCAUGAUUUUUUAUAUGACAAUGUGGUGUGAAUGAUAUGUCGUUUUAGUAACAUUGCUCUUGUGUACCUAUGUUAAUUAUUAGAAAUAAUAUAAUUAUAUUAUCAAACUAAAUUCUAGUUACAUAAGAAACUAAUAUAAUAAAACGAAAAACUACAACAAAAA